CGAAUUACAUGAAAAAUUACUGGUGUACAAAAGUAUUAUAAUAAAUGCCGGCUGAUGUAAUCCCAACAAGUCGCGUGCAGCAAUUGUGAUAAACUGAUAACUGAUGCAUUCCUAAUGUUUACCUAGACUUUUUCGUUAAUUCUUUUCGUGUGUUUAUAAUUUGUAGACACAAAAAUGAUAUCGAAAUCCAAAUGGCUCAAUUUGGCGGUGCGUGGAAGAAGGAUCUUGUAUCCUCGUCUGGCGAUACCGAAUAAGUCGGCAAGCUCGUUUCGGGAUGCAACCGGAGCUACGCCAAGUGAGGCUGAAAAAUCGUCAAAUAUCCAAGUUAGCGCACCACAAGUUAUACCCCAACGGGACUCCAAGUAUGCUGAAGGAAAAGUAUAUCACGGAUUCAAGUGCGAACGCAUCGAGUACGUUUCCGAUUUCGAGCUAACGUCCUAUACGUUGCGACAUGAGGGCACUGGAACCGAGUUGUGGCACAUACACCGCAACGAUCCAAACAACGUGUUCUCCAUUAAUUUCCGAACGACACCCUUUGAUUCGACUGGUCUGCCCCACAUCUUGGAGCAUCUAGCACUGUGCGGAUCCAAAAAUUAUCCAGUUCGCGAUCCGUUCUUUAAAAUGUUGAAUCGAUCGGUUGCUACUUUCAUGAAUGCAAUGACUGGUCCAGAUUAUACUCUUUAUCCGUUCUCCACCAUGAACGAGGUGGAUUUUAGGAAUCUGCAAAGAAUUUAUCUGGAUGCCGUAUUCAGGCCUAAUCUUAAGUAUUUGGAUUUCCUGCAAGAAGGAUGGAGGCUAGAAAACAAGGACCUCAAAGAUCGCAAGUCUGAGCUUGUGAUUAAGGGAGUGGUUUAUAACGAAAUGAAGGGAGCCUUCUCGGAAAAUUCGCAAGUAUUCGGCCAAAAUCUGUUAAACAACGUCCUUCCCGACCAUACCUAUGGCCACAUCUCAGGCGGAAAUCCACUAGAGAUACCCAAACUGACACACACUGAUUUAGUUGAGUUUCAUAAAAAAUACUAUCAUCCAAGCAACGCCCGAAUCUUUUCCUACGGAUCUUUCGAUCUCUCUAAAACGCUCGAACUCGUGGAUAAAGAGUAUCUAUCUGGUACGCCCUGCAUCGACAACUCAUACAGCCAGAUCCCGCCACAACCGCGCUGGACGCAACCUCGCAAUGUGCAUAUUUCGAGCAGGCUUGAUAAUAUGGGAGCUGCCUACGACCGCCAGAACCAAAUUGCAAUUGCAUUGUUGAUGUCUGACAUAACCAAUAUUCAGGAGAGCUUUGAGCUCAAUGUCUUGUCUGAGCUACUCAUUCGAGGACCCAACUCUGCGUUUUACAAAAGUCUCAUAGAACCAAAUUUCUCCGGUGGCUACAACCAGAGUACCGGGUACUCUGCGGACACCAAAGAUACUUCUUUUAUAGUGGGAUUACAAGACCUCAGGGUCGAAGACUUCAAAAAGUUCGGAGAACUCUUUGAUCAAACGAUACACAAGGCGAUCGAGGAAGGCUUUCAGCACCAGCAUGUCGAGAGCAUCCUAAACAAUCUUGAGUUGUCGCUGAAACACCAGAGUCCUCAUUUCGGCAACUCUUUAUUGUUCAACACCACUGCCCUAUGGAACCACGAUGGAGAUGUGGUGAGCAGUCUUCGCGUUUCAGAAAUGAUAGCUAGUCUGCGAAAGAAUCUUCGUAACGAUAAGACGUAUUUCCAAGACAAAAUUAAGAAGUAUUUGGCAAAUAAUACACAUAGGCUAACGUUGACAAUGUCGCCUGACGAAUCCUACGAAGAAAAGUUUAAGGUGGCCGAGUCCGAGAUGCUUAAACAAAAAGUUAAAGCACUCAACAAAGAAACGAUGAAACAAAUAUACAACGAUGGACUAAAACUGGAAGAGUCUCAAAAAGCUGCAGAGAAUACUGAUGCAUUGCCGUGUCUAACAUUGAAAGACGUUAGCGAUCCCCCCAAAUGGCCAAAAUUGAAUGUGGAGACCGUUCAAAAUGUGUCAACGCAAAUAUGUACGGUUCCAACCAAUGAGAUUACAUACGUUAAAUGCUUAUUCAAUAUAACAGGCCUUAGCCAAGCAGAAACAACACUUGUACCAUUAUUUUGUAGUGUGAUUAACGAAAUGGGCACUAGCAAGUAUAAUUUUCGGGAAUUCGAUAAAAUGAUACUCUCGAAAACCGGGGGGAUCGACUUUAAGUUCAAUGUGGUAGAAAAUGUUCAAGACGCUCAGAGUUAUCAGCUCUCCGUUAUGAUGACCACAUAUGCCCUCGACAAAAAUGUUCCGGAUAUGUUUGGAUUGUGCCAAGAGUUAUUACAGAAUUUCACAUUUGCCGAUUCGGAUCGGUUGCAAAUGCUCAUCGAAAACUACAUUUCCAAUAUAUCUGUUGGAGUGGCUAGUUCGGGACACCUUUAUGCCAUGGUUGGUGCAACUUCCCUCGUCAGUGACGCCGGAAAACUGAGAUCGGUUCUGGCCGGUGUUGAUCAUAUAGAAUUCAUGAAAACAUUUGCCCAAGAAUUGAAUAUGGCGAACCUGCAGGAGACUCUGAAAAAGAUUGGACAAAAAAUCUUCAACAAAAGCAAUAUGCGUGUGGCCAUCAACUGCUCUGAACCGUACCUACCAAGUGCUUUAAAUCAUUAUAACAAGUUCUUAGAGACAAUACCAGCCCUGGAAAAGAAAGACGUCCAACGCAAGAUUCAGUUCUUCGAUCCAAGCUGCCAACAAUAUCUUAUGAACAUACCCGUUAACUACUGUGGUAAGGCCUUCCUAGCUGUCCCAUAUCUGCACCAGGACCAUCCCACAUUGCGUGUCUUGGCCAAGUUCAUUUCAGCCAAAUAUCUAUUGCCGGUUGUUCGCGAACAAAAUGGAGCUUACGGAGCAGGGGCCAAGAUCAAUUCGGACGGCAUUUUCUGCUUUUAUAGCUAUCGGGACCCCCAUUCAACCAAGACUCUCGAUGCUUUUGAGCAAACUUACGAGUGGUUGGGCUCAAACGCGGAUAAGAUUAAUCAGCAAGCUGUGUUUGAAGCCAAAUUGGGAGUGUUGCAGCAGCUGGACUCGCCGAUAGCGCCCGGAAAUAUUGGCAUUGAUAACUUUUUGUAUAAGGUCUCCCCUGAAAUGUUCGUCAAUUAUCGCACUCGAUUGUUAAACAUUACUGUUGACGAGUUGAAGUGUGCGAUUGAGACAUACUUUAAAAAUCCUCCGAAGCAUUAUGGAAAGUGCAUUUUGGGCCCGGCCAUUGAAGAUUUGGAUACGCAAACUGGUCACAAAUGGAAGAUUUCCUCUUAGAUUGUAGUAAAUUCUAAUUUACCUUUUAAUGUAAAAUCCCUAAACAGAUUUAAAAAUUGUUAUUUUAUUUAUAUUAAAACCAAAAAAAAUAAUAUAA